AUGGCGCUUUCAUUGAUGAACUUGAACAUUUUCCGAUCCCAGAAGGGUGAGAUCGAUGAUGACGAGGAGCAUGCUACUGAAAAGGCUGGUCUUCUCCACCCAGAGCCAUAUCAAUUGCCCAGGAAAACAUCUCGACAAAAAUUCAGUUGUUGUGUCCCAGUCCUCUUCUGUGUGAAUAUAUGUCUCCUGGCUCUUUUAUCUGGUGCAAUACAUCUACUGCAAAAACAAUAUUUCUUGUAUAAGGGACCUGAUCCUCCAUAUUGUAAGUCGAAAAAAGAGAUCAAUCGGGCAAUAAAGACUGAUGACGCAAAACAAGCUCCGUUGCGCGAAGAUGGCGUUGUCCAAUAUAUGAACACGAUAUAUGAGCCCGAUGCUGAAUUCCAGUUGCCGAUUGUUCCUGGGAAAGAAGAUCCAUGGACAAGGUGGGCAUUAGGUAGGGCUACUGGAGUCGCCAGAGGUUCAUAA